CAGCUGCUCAUUAGAAGACAAACCGUCCCUGGUCACAGGUCUGCGGAGGAGGAAGAGAUGGUGGAUACUAUCGUGCCAGUUGUCACUGGAGCCCUUGGGGCCGCGCCUAGAAGCCUCAAGAAACACCUGGACAUUCUGGGCAUUGUGCAAGAGAUGGUGGAUACUAUCAUCAUGGCAGUUGUCACUGGAGCCCUUGGGGCCGCACCUAGAAGCCUCAAGAAACACCUGGAUGUUCGGGGCAUUGCGGCCGGGCGAGGGGGGCGAGGCCCUGGGCAAGUGGGGGCCGGCGGAGGAGGCCGGGGCCUCGCCCCCGGGGUGAACCGGGUGUUCUUCGUCCGCCUGCUGCGCCUGCUGCGGAUGCUCUUCCCCGGGCCCCUGUGCCGGGAGACGGGCCUGCUGGCCCUGCACUCGGCCGCCCUGGCCAGCCGCACCUUCCUGUCGGUCUACGUGGCCCAGCUGGACGGGCGCCUGGCCCGCUGCAUCGUGCGCAAGAACCCCCGCGACUUCACCUGGCAGCUGGUCCAGUGGCUCCUCAUCGCCCUGCCCGCCACCUUCGUCAACAGCGCCAUCCGCUACUUGGAAGGGCAGCUCAGCCUGGCCUUCCGGGGGCGCCUGGUGGACCACGCCUACCGCUUCUACUUCGAGGGCCAGACCUACUACCGGAUCAGCAACAUGGACGGCCGCCUGCGCAACCCGGACCAGUCGCUGACGGAGGACCUGGUGGCCUUCGCCAGCUCCGUGGCCCACCUCUACUCCAACCUGACCAAGCCGGUCCUCGACCUCAUCGUCACCUCCUACACCCUGGUCAGCUCGGCCCACUCCAAGGGGGCCAACACGGCCUGGCCGUCCCUCAUCGCCGGCCUGGUGGUCUGCGUCACCGCCAAGGUGCUGCGCUCUUGCUCGCCCAAGUUCGGCCAACUGGUGGCUGAGGAGGCCCGGCGGAAAGGCGAGCUGCGCUACAUGCAUUCCCGGGUGGUGGCCAACUCCGAAGAGAUCGCCUUCUAUGGGGGGCACAAGGUGACGGAGCUGGCGGGAUACACGGCCCGCGUCUACGAGAUGUUCCAGGUGUUCGAGGACGUCAAGCGCUGCAACUUCCGUCGUCCCGGAGAGCUGGAGGACAAAGCGCCUCGAGCCGGGGCGGUGAUGAAGCACGGCGUGCGAGUGGAGGGGCCGCUCCAGAUCAAAGGGCGUGUGGUUGACGUCGAGCAAGGGAUCAUCUGCGAAAACAUCCCCAUCAUCACCCCUACGGGAGACGUGGUGGUCAGCAGCCUCAAUAUUCGGGUGGAGGAGGGCAUGCACUUACUGAUCACCGGCCCCAACGGCUGCGGGAAGAGCUCUCUGUUCCGGAUCCUGGGGGGGCUGUGGCCGACGUACGAAGGCGUCCUCUACAAGCCCCCCCCCCACCGUAUGUUCUACAUCCCCCAGAGGCCGUACAUGUCGGUGGGGACCUUGCGGGACCAGGUCAUCUACCCCGACACCGCGGAAGACAUGGCCCAGAAAGGGCAGACCACGGCUGACCUGGAGCGGAUCCUGGAUAUCGUCCACCUCAAUUACCUCGUGCAGCGGGAAGGAGGCUGGGACGCCGUCAGCGAUUGGAAGGACGUGCUGUCAGGCGGCGAGAAGCAGCGAAUGGGGAUGGCCCGGAUGUUCUACCAUAGGCCGAAGUACGCUCUCCUGGAUGAAUGCACCAGCGCCGUCAGCAUCGACGUGGAAGGCAAGAUCUUCCAGGCCGCAAAGGAUGCUGGGAUAGCGUUGCUCUCCAUCACCCACCGGCCUUCCUUAUGGCGGCAGAGCGUGCCAGGAUCGCAAGCAGUUGGCCUCCUCUCCCGCUUGCAGGCGACGGAGUCCGUGCCGGACGGGACGGCAAAGAAUCCCGGGGCUGCAGCCAAGACGGCCGAGGAGAGGGCCGAGCGUAUAGCUAAGGGGACAGCUUUUAUCAUCUCGUGA